AUGUCUGAAAGUGAUACAGAAUUUCUCAAAGACCAGGUGAUGAGGCUGAACUACCUGCUUGCCAGGUAUCAAGAUGCAUAUCCAGAUUUUGUGUUAAAGGAGUAUGAGCUUCCAAAAGAGUGGGCUCAGAAACAGCCAUGGCUUAGAAAAACGGAACUGUCUCCCUUGCUGCAGGAGUAUGAUACCAUCAUUUUUGGGUUGCAGGGUCAGCUAGCUAAUCUUCAGGAUGAUCUUGAGAGGCUGAGAAGACAGUCCAGGGAUUUAGUUCAAGAAAAUGAAAGCCUUCACCGAGAACUGAAAGAAGCCGUUCAGGGUCAUUUGUCUCCAGAUCAUGCUGGGGCAGGUGAUGAGGGAGAUGGUAGGAGUGAUUUCUUGAUACAAAGUCUUCAACACCAGCUUGAACUUCUCACAAGGGAGAAGGAAGCAGCUGAUGAAAGAUGGAGGGAAGCAGCGCAGGAAGUUGAUCGAUUAGCAGGAAUGCUUGAGAGGGAGAAAGACAGCCACCAGUGGAGGGUGGUGGAACAGCAAGCACACCAGGUUAAGGAACAAUACCAGCAGUCAGUGACGGUCAUUAACAGAGAGGUGGAGUCUCUACAGAAUGAUCUCAGGGAUUGCCGUUCAGAAAAUAGCAGCCUGGUGCAGAGAGUAUCAGAACUGCAGCUCCGAGUGAAUGACCUUCAGCAACAACUGAUAUGGAAGGCUCAGGAAAAUGCAGAUACCAUUUUCAAGGAAGGCUUGUCGGACAGCAAGAUCCUGGAGCUGAAGAGGAUAAUGGAUGAGUUGAGGGAGAGGCUGUCUGAAAUAACAAAAGAAGCUAGCGAGCUGAGAAGGGAGAAUGAUACCUUGCAUGUACGAGUGACAGACCUGCAGAGAAGGCUAUCUGAUGCCGAAGUUCGAGAAGCUGAAGCAGUCACUCAAGUCAGGGAAGCUGUGCGGAUGGCAGAGGUGGCCAUCUUGGAGAAAGAUCAGGCUGUGGUUGUGGCUCAUCAGAAAGAGCAAGAACUGGAAGAAAUGAAAGGCGUUGUGUCGAAGCUGAUCCACAAGGCAGGGGCUCGCACUAGAGAGGAGGUAGACAUUGUCAGAAAGCAGUGUAAUGAGCAGAUAACCAGGUUGACAGAGGAACUUCAUGCACUGGAACUGGAUGGCGUGGAGAAACAGUCUCGGCUUGACAGACUUUUGAGAGAGAAGCGAGCUGCGGAAUCAGAACUACAGCAGAUUUACAGAGAUGGUGCAGUAGAAGGUUCUAGGUCAAAGGAGGAAUACCAGCAUCUGAACAAGAGGGUCAUUGAUGCAGAACGUGCAAAAGAUGAGGCAAAUAUAAAGAUUGAUUCCCUUCAGACCAAGGUGGACAGGCUUACCAUGGACAAUAAGCAACAGAAAAGCCAGCUAGAGGCAGAGAUAAAACGGUUACAAGAAAGACUUUCCAGCAUUCAGUCAGAGUUUGAAGUUGUCAAUGAGGAUCGUAUGAACCUCAUGAAUAAACUCGGUGAAGUGGAUAAAAAAUUAGUGGAGUUACAGCAGGAAAGGGAUGCUGCUUAUAGGAAAUCCAUUAAAGAACUUGCCCUGGUGGAGCAAGACCAGCAUGUGAAAGUUCGAGAGAUGGAAGUGAAACUUCAGACAACAGAAGAUGCUCACAGACAGACAGUUACCGAGCUUCGUAACAUGUUGACAGCACAGCAGAGGAUGAGUGCCAGGUGGAAAGAAGAAUGCCAAACAAUCACCCAUAAAUUUGAGUGCAAGAUGGAGGACCUGCGGAAGGAGCUGAGCCAUGUGAAGAAAAGAAAUGAAGAGUUAACAUCACUUCUGAAAGAUAGUCAAGCUAAGACAGCAGACGUUCAACGGAUGCUUUCCGAGUAUACAAAAAAUAUUCGGCGUAUGGAGGAAAGAGUAAGAGAGUCCGAACAACAGGCAGCAGAAGCGAGCAAACAGGUAGCCAUGCAGAGUAUAAGAGCAAGGCAGAUGGCGUCUGAUCGGGAAAGUCUGCUUGCUGAACUGGCUCGUAGUCAGAGCCGAGAAUUGUUGAAGGCAAACACAUUGAAGACAAGUUUAAGGGCACAUGGUGUAUCCGAGCCAAGUCGGAAAGUUGUCGGAGAUUUGGGUCAGAGCUACAAGGGGGAGCUUACUCUUGACCAGUUAUAUACAUCUGCUAAUCAUCAUUCUUUGUUGGAUAGAGAGGACAGAUAA